AUGGUGCUAUAUGGGACUUAUGAUGCCUUGAUGUGCAGGGCAUUCCCAACAACCCUGCGAGGGUCAGCCCACGCGUGGUACAGCAGCCUGAAGGCCGGGACCGUCGCCUCCUUCGAUCAACUUGCCAAAGACUUCGAGCUCAACUUCCUGGCUUACGCUCGACCAAAGCCGUCCAUGGCGUUGCUCCUCGGACUCAACCAGAGGGAGGACGAGCCCCUCUCCUAUUUUGUGAACCGUUUUACGACCCAAAUUCGAGGACUAUCGGACGCUCACCCCUCUCUGUUGAUGCAGGCGUUCAUGACAGGCCUGCGCCCUUCCAGGUUCUUUUGGUCUCUCGUGGAGCGGCCCCCCGUCGCGGUCCCCGAGAUGCUUCAGCGCGCUAGCCAAUUCAUCGCCGCGGAGACAUGGAUGGCUGGGAAGCGGGAGGAGCACAAAAAGGUCAAGUCGGAGCCGCCCUGA